AUGAAGGUAUAUUUAAAUAUUUACUUAUAUUUGUGUAUAAGAGAAAAACAGUUCAGUAAAUGUAGCGAAAGCAAAGAUGAGAAAAGAAAAUCGAGCAAAGAUGGUAGACACAAAAUAAUAGCAAUAAUAAGACAUCAUCAUACAUACACAAAUGUGCGCAUGCUUUUGCUUUUGUUAUAUUUUUUCUUUUUCACUUCCAUUCCCCGACUUUUCUUCCUCUUUUUUUUUUUCAUAAACUGGUAUAAAACUGCAUCAUUAUACAAUUUUCAUCAUUAUAUUAUUUCCCGCCUUCCAAACAGCCCCACGAACAAAAAAAAAAGAAGAGAAAGGGAACAGCAAAACACCUCUCCCAACACUAUCCCAUCCAAGCGAGCGCCUCUUUCAUUCCAAUCAAAUAAUAUAAAUAAUAAAAAAAAAACACACACACACACAAAAUAUAAAUGA